AUGGAGUCAAGUGGGUUUUCUUCGCCGAGGAGGGAGUUUCUUCCGGCGGGUCUCCGAGUUCUUGUGGUGGACGAUGAUCCCACGUGGCUGAAGAUUCUGGAGAAGAUGCUCAAGAAGUGCAAUUACGAAGUGACCACAUGUAAUUUGGCGAGAGAGGCCCUCGACUUGCUUCGAGGGAGAAAAGAUGGAUAUGACAUUGUAAUAAGUGAUGUGAACAUGCCCGAUAUGGAUGGAUUCAAGCUUCUAGAACAUGUCGGGCUCGAGAUGGAUCUACCUGUCAUAAUGAUGUCGGUGGAUGGAGAGACGAGUCGGGUCAUGAAAGGUGUCCAGCAUGGCGCGUGCGAUUAUCUAUUGAAGCCGAUAAGGAUGAAGGAGCUUCGGAACAUAUGGCAGCACGUUUUACGAAAGAGGAUACACGAGGUGAGGGACACUGCUGAAGGCCACGAAAAUUUCGACGAGGUUCAGUUGAUGAGAGGUUUAACCGAGCAAUCAGACGAGAGCUAUUUGUUUAGUGGGGACUUUUUUUCCGGAAGGAAAAGAAAGGACGUUGAUAACAAGCAGCAUGAGGAUCGAGCGUGUGGUGAUUCAAUAACGUCCGUGAAGAAAGCGAGGGUCGUGUGGACGGUCGAGCUUCAUCAGAAGUUUGUCAAGGCUGUGAAUCAGAUCGGAUUCGACAAGGUCGGCCCGAAGAAAAUACUGGACUUGAUGGGCGUGCCGUGGUUAACAAGAGAAAACGUUGCUAGUCACUUGCAGAAGUAUCGGCUCUACUUGACCCGGUUGCAGAAAGAAAACGAGUCUAAGGCCACGUUUGGGGCAACAAAAGACGAAAAUUAUCCUAUUCCGGUUGGCAACAUUGUCAUUCACAAUGAUGGGACAAAAAUCAAAGAAGGAAAUCCAAUUCGAAUACAUUCUGUUGCUGAUUUGGAGCCCAGAAAAGCAGUAGGCUUGAAGCGUUCGAAUGUAAAAUCCGAAUCCAUGGCCCGAGCUCAAUUCUUGUGGGCUACUGAAGUUCAAGUUCAAGCUCAACCUUUUCAAUUUAAACAUGAGCAUAAACCACAUUUCCAAACUGAGUCUAAGUUCGAUCACGUCACGAAUAUUCCCAUGCAUCACGUAAAAGUCGAUCCUGUGCAGCACGGUACACUCCAUAAUCCUGGGCCGUCGAGCGGAGAUUUCGAAAAGACAAUACAAGCAUUCAGCAGGAACAAAACUCAAUGCCCAGGGAAAGUGUCGAAAGACGAAAAUAGCCCUGCAUUGUUCAGCGUUCAACCAGAAUGUCAUUCAGUUGAGCCCAUGCCCAUCCCAUGUUCUUCACGGGACACAAAGAACCACAGUUUAGAUAAGGGCCUGUUUGGUGAACUCGAAACUUCCUCUUCUUCCCCGAAAAACACGGUUUUGGGCUGCGACAAAAAAUUGAACGAUUAUUCAACGCACGACGAAGAAUUUCGUCUGCCAGAUGAUUUCUUUGGGAAUCUAGAGUUGCUCGGAUAUGCCAAUCACGAGAUGAUUGCCAAUUUCUCGCCACAUUUGUUCGACCCUUUGAAGUUCGACUCGAGUACUUCAGUGACCACGUGGAGUAUUCUGUAA